CGGGAUGGACGGCAAAGGCUCCUACCAGGUGAAGGGCUGGAAGCUCACACAGCAGCAGUUUGUGGCCCUUCUGUGGAAGAGGCUGCUGAUUGCCAGAUGGAGUCGGAAGGGAUUCCUUGCUCAGAUCGUCCUGCCAGCUGUGUUUGUCUGCAUUGCCCUGGUGUUCAGCUUGAUCGUGUCCCCCUUUGGCAAGUACCCCAGCCUGGAACUUCAGCCUUGGAUGUACAACGAACAGUACACGUUUGUCAGUAAUGAUGCUCCUGAGGACAUGGGCACCCAGGAACUCCUGAAUGCCCUCACCAGACACCCUGGCUUCGGGACCCGCUGUAUGGAAGGAAAUCCGAUCCCAAACAUGCCCUGCUCUGUGGGGGAGGAGGAGUGGACCACCGCCCUGGUCCCCCAGACCAUCGUGGACCUCUUCCAAAAUGGGAACUGGACGAUGGAGAACCCCUCACCCACCUGCCAGUGUAGCAGUGACAAAAUCAAGAAGAUGCUGCCUGUGUGUCCCCUGGGGGCAGGGGGGCUGCCUCCUCCACAGGAGGAGCAUGUCAUGGACAUCCUUGUGUCCAUCUGUGUCAUCUUUGAGAUGUUCUUCGUCUCAGCCAGCUCUGUUGUGUUCCUGAUCCAGGAGUGGGUCCGUGAGGUAGAGCACCUGUAGUUCAUCAGCAGAGUG